AUGCCGACAGGAUACUUCCUUGUCCUGCGCAGGUGUGUCCGAACUCACAGGUGUUUAAUACCGUCUCCUGCAGGUGUGAGUCUGCUGAGACCGGACGCGACUGUUCAACACAGCCAUGUCAACAGAACCAAGUAGGUCGCAGAGACUGCAAUGGUCGCUGUUACUGCGCGUGCAAAGAGGGAUACGUAGGCAUCAAAUGCGAAAUACGUCUGCAGCCGGAUUUAUGCAGCAACUGUUCCUUCGACAACGGCCACUACCACACUGGGUUGUCCGGGCACUGUGACAUGUUCGUUGUCUGCAUACCUGUUAGAGGAAAGAAGCAGGCAGCUGCGGGUCCGUUGUUUGUGCCCCGGAUCAUGUCCUGUCCCCCCGGGACAUACUACGUGACUCGGCCCAGCGGAUGGAAGGGCUGCGAUCACCCAGAGAAUGGUCGUUGUUCCAGUGAUAGAUGUGAAACAUCUCCACCCAACGGCAGAUAUGCUGAUCCGACUGCCUGUCAAUCUUACUGGCAGUGUGGCCCGGACAGGAGGCUGUCCUCCAAGGGAUGCUGCCCAGCUGGCCACAGAUUUGAACCCAGCUCCUCCCAGUGUGUGCCUGACAGCUCGUGUCCAGUCACAUGUGGAGGCAACAGAACACACGCAUGUGCUGGUGAGCACAGCCAGUUCGUCACAGGUUGUCCAUACGAUGUCAGCCUCGCUAACCCGAAUGAGUUUUUCUACAAGUUCAUGCCCGGGUCCUCCUUCCGCUGCCAGCCUAUGGAAGUGAUGGACGUGGGCGAGUGUCGUUGUGUGAGAGAUCAACGUUUAAGUCCCUCGGACUGCAAAGCUACGGUUAGUCUCGACUUUGAAGACGUUCCAAUGAAUGACGAGGACAGAGUUCCCAGGGUGUCGACUGGUAACGGGCAUGCUGCUAACUUUCGU